CCACAAAGUUGACCGCUCUUGUAUCAGAACAAGAGCAUCUAUAAACCGACAAUGAAGUCCGUGCGCAGGGCAAAGUUAGCCCCAGAGACACCCCUCGUUGGCCGCACAGCAUCCACGCACUCCCUACGCUCCAAUGGACCAGAAGGAGACGCCAACGGAGCAGAUGACUGGCUACCGCCAAAGGUCCUUUUGAAACCCCCGGGACAACUACAACUCACCGACACAGAGCUCAAUGAGGAGUUUACACGAAUACUGAACGCUAAUAACCCUAACGCCCCUCAAAAUAUUGCGCGAUUCAAUCAUCGUGAAAAAGCGUUCAAAGCCAGCCCCAACGUGGAUCAUCUUGUGGUACAUUUUGAGUUUGAUGGUUAUCUAAAUUACCGGAAUGUUGACGAAUCAUCCGCACCACCUGAACCCAAACCAGAAGAGGCCGUCGGCCAAGAACAACCGACAACCGAAACUGCAACAGAGCCACUUCAAUCCGCCGAUGGAGAGAAAGCCGAGGACGAAAAGAAGUCCAAAGGCCCGCUUCGAAACCAGUUUAAUUUCAGCGAGCGUGCAUCGCAGACUAUCAACAACCCCUAUCGGGAACGAUCAACGAAUACUGAGCCUCCACCUCAACGCAUCUUUAGCGAUACAGUUAACCAAUGGUCUAUUUAUGAUGCCUAUUUGGAGGACCUGCAACAAAAAGAAAAGGCCAAAGCAAAGGGUGGAGGAGCCAAAGGCCAAAAAGAUGAAGACAAACAUAUUCUCCCAGCCGAAGCACAUACCGAAGAUGUUUAUUACAAAAAUGCGGACCUUCGGAAAUCUCUCACCAUUGUCGAACGCAUGGCAAAUCAAAAUACGUUCGACGAUAUUGCGCAGGAUUACAAGUAUUGGGAGGAUGCCUCAGAUGAGUUAGCUGGUAGCAAAACUGGCACCCUCCUCCCUCUCUGGCGUUUCGUCUGCGAAAAGGAGAAACGCAAACAAGUCACAGCCCUCUGCUGGAACUCUCGUUUCUCGGAUUUCUUUGUAGUCGGAUACGGAUCGUAUGAGUUUUCCAAACAGGGUCCAGGCAUGAUUGGUGGAUUCACACUGAAGAAUCCGUCCUACCCCGAGUUCCUGUAUGUAACCGAUACCGGAGUCAUGUCCCUUGAUUUCCAUCCCCAGCAUCCUUCCAUGAUUGCUGUGGGUCUUUACGACGGAUCCGUCGCAGUGUAUAGCUUGCAAGAGAAAGGCAAUGGCCCAAUCUUCAAAUCAUCUCCCAAAGGCGGGAAGCAUACCGACCCUGUGUGGCAGGUAUGCUGGCAAAAGGACGAUUUAGACGGCAACGCAAACUUCUUUUCCAUUUCGACAGACGGUCGAGUAACGCAAUGGACAUUACUCAAGACCGAACUUGCGCACACUGACGUCAUUAAGCUCCACCUUGAACUGUCUUCGCCCCCGACUGCAACCCAACAACCCACCACCGACCCACUGCACACAGAAACAACAGAUGACCCGCUCUUCAACUUGGCUGGCGGAAGCAGUUUUGACUUCCACAAGAAAUUGGAUCACCUCUUUGUCGUCGGAACCGAAGAGGGAAGGAUCUUCAAAUGUUCAAAAGAGUACAAUAAUCAAUACUUGCUUUCAUUUGAGGGCCACCAAAUGUCUGUAUACACAGUCCGGUACAACCAUUUCCACCAUAAUAUCUUCCUGUCUGCGAGUGCCGAUUGGACGGUCAAACUUUGGGAUCACGAUGAAGAGAAGCCCAUCAUGAGUUUUGACCUCAACAGUAGUGUGGGAGAUGUUGCAUGGGCACCAUACUCGUCGACUGUGUUCGCAGCUGCAACGACAGAUGGAAAGGUUUUUGUUUUCGACCUGAACGAGAACAAAUACGAGCCGAUUUGUGAACAGCAAGUCGUCAAGAAAGCCAAGUUAACCCACAUUGCGUUCAAUCCAUUUGAACCUGUUUUACUCGUCGGAGACGACAGAGGUGCUGUUAUCAGUCUCAAGCUAUCCCCCAACCUCCGAAAACGUAGCAAAGACCCCGAAGACGAGCCAACAAAGCUCAAAAACAUUUUGUUGGUCGCUAUGGGUAAACCCCCAGCGGAUUAGUUCAUAGUAUGCAAAUAGAUUCGAUGGUGGGAAUAAAUGCCCCACUGGCCCGUCGAUUUACACGUAACGGGGCAAACAACUGUCCUUUAUUUCUUUACUGCACAGUAUGCAUGAGUGACAACACCAUUAGGGAAGCAUGUGAAUACGCUGUUGGCGAUGCGUUUAAGACAAAUGGGGCACAUUCGAUCAUCAGUGAUACGGAUGCGCUUGGUUGAGUAAUGCGUUAGGCGUUCUUGAAACUAGAAUCAUGAUUGAGUGAUCAGGUUGGAAAGGCAGGGCUCCAG